GAGAGCAAGUGCCUGUGCGUGCCCUCUGGGAAAGGAAAGAAAGUGACAGGAGGAGAAGGAAACGCAAGUGGAGACACUUGACAGAAGACGGGAGCUGCUGAGCCUUUUAUUGAUUAUCUUUUCAGUCGUAUGUCUGUUUUUUUUCAUUGUCCUUUGCAUUGUUAGUCCUGAACAUCUCUGUUUGCAGUGUUAAAGUGCGGCCUGUUCAAGCAUGCCCACAAACGGUAUUAACCAGGCUUUAAAGCUACAGUUUGGUCUGAUCAACUAUGAGAACCGCUACCUGACCGCUGAGGCCUUUGGCUUCAAGGUAAAUGCUUCAGGAACCAGCAUGAAGAAGAAACAAAUCUGGACCUUAGAGCAGGAUGAGCAAGACGGUCAAGUGGUGUUUCUUCGCAGCCACCUGGGACGCUAUUUGGCUUCUGACAAGGACGGAAAGAUCACAUGUGGGGCAGAGAAGCCGGAUCCAGAAUGCCGUUUCCUUAUUGUGCCCCAGUCUGAUGGUCGCUGGGCACUCCAGUCAGAACCUUACCUGCGCUACUUUGGAGGCUCUGCAGACUACCUGUCCUGCUUCGCCCAAGUCAUUGGAGAGCAAGAGCUGUGGGCUGUUCAUUUGGCUUUGCACCCCCAGGCUAGCCUGCUAAGUGUGGCACGUAAGCGCUAUGCCCAUCUGUCUGCCUCGGAUGGAGAAAUCUCAGUGGACAGCAACAUUCCCUGGGGGGUCGAUUCCCUAGUCACCUUGGUAUACCUGGACGGCAAGUACAGCCUGAAGACUUGCGACAGCCGCUUUCUGAGCAACGACGGCAAACUAGUGAAGGAAAACAAAAACACGACCUGUUUUACACUGGAGUUGAAGUCCGGCAAGCUGGCCUUUAAGGACUGUGAUGGGAAAUAUCUGGCCCCCGUGGGCCCCACAGGAACGCUGCGCUCCGGUAGAUGCUCCAAACCCGGAAAAGAUGAGCUGUUUGAUCUUGAAGAAAGUCAUCCACAAGUAGUUUUUCAAGCUGCCAAUAAAAGAUUUGUCUCAGUCAAACAAGGAGUGAGUAUUUCAGCAAACCAAGAUGUGGAGACAGACAUGGAGACCUUCCAGAUGGAAAUAGACAAGGAGAACAAAAAAGCUUUGUUCAGGACCAAUGGAGGAUCCUACUGGACCUUAGUGACCCAUGGAGAGAUCCAGUCCACUGCCAAAGAAGUAGAGAUCAACACCAUGUUCGACAUUGAGUGGAGAGGACAAAGAGUUGCACUCAAAGCAAGCAAUGGAAAGUACGUAUGUACAAAAAAGAAUGGACAGCUCUCUGCAAUCAGUGAUGCAGUGGGAGAUGAUGAAUUAUUUCUGAUGAAACUCAUUAACCGCCCUAUGCUGAUCCUUCGCGGGGAGAAUGGCUUUGUGUGUCACCACAAGAACUCUAACACCCUGGAUGCAAAUCGAUCCGUCUAUGACAUCUUCUCAUUGAUCUUCAACGAUGGCGCCUACAUUAUAAAGAGUGUGAACGGAAAGUUCUGGUACGUCUCCAGCAACGGCCUUGUGUGCUCAGAUGGAGAAAAGUCAGAGAAUUUUUUCCUCGAGUUUCUGGAACAUGGACGUGUCGCCAUCAAAGGAUCCAAUGGGAAAUACCUCCGUGGAGACCAGGGCGGCACGCUCAUGUGUGAUGGAGUAUCUGUUGAUGCAUCUUCGCUCUGGGAGUACUGAUCUCGUCUGGCUCUCAAAAAAAAAAAAAGGCCUAAACGUAGGUGCAAGAGCCGCUCUCAUCGUCGGGCCAAGAGGCAGAACUUUUCUAGGAAUCCAAUCCCAUGUUUUCUCUUUUUUUGUUUGUCUUUUUCAUUGGGAUCAAGUGAACACUUUAGGAAGUCAUGUGGGUAUUUUUACCUGUAAAUGUUAGAUAUUUUUAAAAUGACAACAAAUGCCAAGAUCAAAUGCAUUUUGUGGAAAUCUGUAAUUUUUAUGAACGGACAGUAGGAGAAUGUUCUAAAAAAAAAAAAAUCACCACAACACCAUUUUAAUAUCCAUUUACCUAUACUUACAUAUUAUAAACCCUUUAUCCGAUGGUCAAAUUUCCCAGCUGUCAUCUGGAAAGAAGUUGGCAACUGCCAGUAAAUGCAGCCACAUUAAAAAAAAUGGAUCAUUUAAAAUCUGAUCAGUUUGACUUGAUGCUGCUGAUAAUUCACUUUUUUUUAAGAAAACUUAUUGCCUGCAACUUCAAAGUUUCACCCUAAAGUGAAUUUUGGGGAUUUUACAAAUAUCCUAAAGUACAAAAUGUACAUAAAAAAGCUUGUACGCAUUAAAAAAUCCUGAAGGCUCAUUUAUAGUCAUGUUCUAUUUAUUUGAUGUAGGUGUAUGCUGACAGCCAUAAUCGUCUGGAUCUCAACAUCUUUUCUGACGACUCUUAGGAGCCAAGUAACUUCCUGACUUUGCUGUGCAGCAUGCUAACUGAAAGUGAAAAUGUCUGGUUUAUCUAACUAAAUUUAAAGAAGCACCAAGAACAAGACUCUAUAAUCUUAUUUUUUAUUUUCAUUUUGUUCCUUUUAAGGUAUAAAUAUCAUCUAAGACAAAAAAAUAAAAAGGAAUUCUGGUGAUUUUAAUCUGCAAAAGCCUGAAGAGUUCCAGAAAAGAAAAUGUAUCGCAUAAAAAUCAAACUUUCACAUCAGGGACGAGCGUUAAAGAGGAGCACAUGUAGAAAACACAUGAAUGUGAAGUCUUUGAAGUGCUUCUCUGGUGUCCUGCCUGGGGCCUUAAUCUACACCGAACCCUGUAGUUGACCUUUCUGUUAAACGUUAGCCAGCGCCGGUCUUCAUCAGGUCAAUUCUCAUAUUUGAUUCAGUCUUUCACAGUAUGUGUUGAACUGAUUACUCAAUCAACACUCAUUGAAAACAAGGGGUAUGAGCAGCCAAGGCUUUACAAGCACGAUGUGCAGAACACAUGAAUAACCAAAAGCUAUAUACAUGUUUGGUAGUCAGUUUCUGGGGUAAAACGUUUAUGCAUAUUACAGUCAUUUCUGAAUAUUCUGUAAAUGUUUUUGUUGUUUUUUUCCGUCUGGGAUUCAUAGACACUUUGUUGGUAGAAAGCCCAAAAAGGCUCCACAAAACACACAACCUGUAUCUGCUAUAUAGAGAAAGACUCGCCAUAUUUUAGAUUAUUGUUUGUUUUCAGUCACUAGAUCAUUCACAAUCAUUGUUUUCUGAAAGUUUUCUUUUUUUUUUUUUUUGAGGAAAAUGUUAUGGAUAAUAAAACACUUAUAUGUGAAUAUGGUAAAUCUGGAGUCAAACUUGAAAAUGUGCAAAUAUCAAUAUUCUUUAAUGGUUUUUGUAAAGACUUUGCUUCUUUCUAUGAUAAAUGUUCAAUAAAUCAU